GGCCAUUUUGUGUUUGUUCCCGUCACGCCGUGUGAGGGUCUCUCUCCCGCCAGGCGGGUCCCCCCAUCCUGAGCCGCACCCCAAGUCUGUCACACGGGGUGUCCGUGAUGGCUGCCACUCCGAGCCCCGAGGGGCCUGUGACCUUCGAUGACGUAGCUGUGUUUUUCUCGGAGGAUGAGUGGAAUAUGUUGAAUGACUAUCAGCGAGCAGUCUACAUGGAGGUGAUGAAAGACAACUACGAGCACUUCAUUUUCUUAGGUUGUGAGGUGCCCGUCAUAUUAUCAUUGCUGCAGGAUAGAAGCAACGGUGGUGUGGACUCACAGCCCUCCUCACUGAACACUCCAGAUGGAACGGAGGUGGUCGCUCCAAAGAGAGGCCCAUAUAAAACGGCAAAACAACUUGCAUUGAACCAGUACAUACAGCAGAAUGGGGAUGAAAGCAGCCACGAUGAGAACAAUAUGGAUGAGUCUCCUCCGGCCCAUGGUCGAAACCUGAGAAAGCGCAGACAGUAUUUCUGCUCAGAGUGUGAAAGCUGUUUCCGGCACAGUUCGGCAUUGGAAGCUCACCGCCGAGUACACAAUGGUGAUAAACCACACCAGUGUGAUAUAUGCAAUGCGAACUUCUCAUACAAGUCUGCACUAAUUGUGCACCGCAGACAGCAUUACCAUCCUUCAACCAGCAGCUCUCACAACGUGGAAAACAUAACUCCAGCAGAAUUCAUUAAACCCAACGGAUCUCCAGUGCCAACACCCAACGGAUCCCCUGUCCUAGCUACAAACAGACCACCAGCAUCCACUGCCCUUGUGACAGUUACUCCCAGACCAGUCCAGACUAACAGAAGUCUCAGUGAAAGUUCUGGUGAACGUGGCAGUCCCUCACUAGGGGAAAAGCCUCUUAAAUGUGCUUACUGUGAUAAAAGGUUUAAUGACCAGUCCAUCCUUGAAGCUCACCACAGGAUACACACAGGCAAACAGGCCUACCCCUGCACCAUGUGUGAUGAGAGCUUCUCCAAACCAUCCCUGCUUGCUGCCCACAACAACACCCACAAGGAAGGCAAACCCUUUCAAUGUGACCAGUGUGACAAAAACUUUAAUGACCAGUCGCUUCUGAUUGCCCACAAGAGAACUCACACAGGGGAGAAACCUCACAAAUGCAGCCACUGCAACAAAUGGUUCCCUAACCGCACCACUCUGGUUGUCCACGAAGAGAGCCACUUAAAGCCAAAGCCCUACAAAUGCAAGCACUGUGAAAAAAGCUUCAAUGACAAGUCACUGCUCACUACCCACGAAGGCGUGCACACAGACACCAAGCCCUUCAAGUGCACACAGUGCAAUGAGAGCUUCUUCCUGAAGACACAGCUGGUGUCACACCAGGCUAUCCAUGCCCCUGACAAGCCCUUCCCGUGCAGCCAGUGCGAACGAAGUUUCAACAAGAAAGAGACUCUGCUGGCUCACAUUCGUGUCCACAACAUUCAGAACAUUCAGACACAGAAGCCACGGAGGCAGUGAGUUUACAUCAGUAGUAAUGUACGAAUGGUUAGACACUGCAGUCCACCUUUAAACAGUCUGCUUCCAUCAUGACUUGACAUUCACUAGCACUGUGGCUGCAGCAAAUAUUAUAGGGUUAAGGCUAAAACACCCUGCUGGCAAUGUUUGUCACAUUUUCCAGGGUCUGUAUAUAGCUCUCUGUAGAUUUCCCUUUAAUUUCUUUCCCAUUAGUCUCUUCUCCUGUCUGGUUUUUGAGUUAUACAUGUAAUAUACUGGCAGGUAAGUUGCUUUUGGCCUUUAGGUUUCCUCUAAAACAUCCCUGUUAAAUAAGACUCUGCGUUCACUACGUGUUUGUUACCCUGUGUGACAUGCGCUUCAGAGAUUAGUUUGUGUUGAUACCAUUUUGAAAGCUCUGAUUUGACGCACUGUACAUUGGCACGACUGGUUGGGUCUCCUGUACUUGGUCUGUGUUCCCCCCUGAAGCGGUACUCUGCGUUUACAUGAGUUGGAGCCAGUCUGAGGGGAGUUUGUGGUCACCUACCCCUCUUUUUAUAAGCUGGCGGUUUUUGUCUUUCAAGUGAAGGUGGCUAAAUUCUCAGCUUUGGCAAGGAGAUAAAGUUGUGUUAGUUACAGGGGUUUAGUGAACAGUCUGCGCAGCACUCACUUCAGCAAACUGCAUUUUCUGUUUACUUAACAAAACAAAAAAGCCCUCCUAAUGGCAUUGCAGAGCAGAACCCAAUGUAUAUUUUUGUCUCCUGGAAGACAGCAAGUUCUAUUUAUGCCAUGAUUUGAUAUUGGCCCAUAGAAGGUGGCUACUAUGCUGAUUAGAUUAGCUGUAAAGUUCUCAAUGUAUAUCCAGGAAUCCGUAAAUACAAUGAAACGUUCGUUAAAAUGAACUAUUACAGAAUUCAUUAAAAACUGAAACUUCCUAUAAAAA